AUGACAGUGUUUUCGUCCAAGCAUCUCAGUCCACCAAUAUUACCAUGAAUGUAGAUGGAAAGGUCCAUAGUUACCAAAUGUUUGCAGGACAAACUCUUGAGCUCAAAUCUAAAUGGCCUCAUGCUAUGUAUUUGACAUCUGACAAGGGCGUUCAGGUCCUCUUCCAAUUCAAUGGGGGCCCUGAGUAUACAGACAAUUAUUAUGAUCCCUUCCUCAUGACUAUACUGCCAACAAGUCAAUUCAGCACCUCCUACUCCCUGGAGGGACAGAGGGAUUUCUACAACAAUAUCAUAGUUGUGGCUAAGAGCAAAGACGUGGGUGGCAUCAAAAUUGACCCCAAGUCCCAGACUUCAAACAUUAACUGGCAAAAAGUAGAUGGGACUGACUUCUCCUGGGCUGAGGUGUACUACAGCAGCGGAGCAAACUUCUAUCAGAUAUCUCACCCCAGCUCUCCAUUUGGCGUCUACAGUUUUGGUGUCGCUUAUGCUAACGGUUAUGGAUCCCCUGCAUCUGCUGACCCAGCAGAAAAACAUAACUGCAGCACCACGAAAUGUUCAGAAGAUGAAGUGUGCCAGAUGAAAGGAAAAUCCCCAAUAUGUGUCAAAAAACCAGUCAUCCAAACCGGUACCUGCUGGGCAAUGGGCGAUCCCCACUACCGCACAUUUGAUGGUAACUACUACAACUUCAUGGGCAGCUGUACCUACACAAUGGUCAAGAACUGCCAGGUUGAUGGAGAACAUCCAGCUUUUGAGGUUGAUGCUCAGAAUAACAAACUUGCUGGUUCAAAAGUCACAUUUGUCGGCAAGGUGAUCAUUAAAGUCUAUGGGUACACCAUGACCAUUGUGCGGUCAGAGUUUGGCCUUGUCAGGAUGAACUACACAUUGUGGAAUCUCCCUAUCAACCUGGACAACGGCAAGGUGACGCUAUCCCAGAGUGGCCUGUCUGUCAUUGUGGAGACAGAUUUUGGUCUGACCGUGCAGUAUGAUUGGAAGGAGUAUCUUGUCAUCACAGUGCCAGGCAGUUUUUCUGGCAGGGUGUGUGGCUUGUGUGGCAACUUCAACAGCAAAAAGGAAGACGAUCUGGUGACUCCUAAUGGCACACAGGCCAACAGUGUGGUGGCCCUGGGCAAGAGCUGGAGGGUUCGUGGUGUACCAGAUGAUGCUCAAUGUCAAGACGACUUCAACGGGCAGUCAGACACCUGUGACAGUGACAGCUUUUUUGACAGCUUGACUGACAGGAUGUUCUGUGUUUUGCUCACUCACAUCAUGAAUGGACCGUUGAGUGACUGCCGUGCUGUCAUUGACCCCAAAGUCUUUCAUGAAAUGUGUUUGUAUGAUGUGUGCAUGGGUGAGGGGAUGAAGACCUUCCUGUGUAACACCUUGCAAGUGUAUGCCGAUGCCUGUCAGAGGGCGGGAAUCAAAAUUUAUGACUGGAGGAGCCUCGCCCGUUGCUCUCCACCCUCAUGCCCGGAGAACAGCCAUUACGAGUUCUGCGGGAAUGCCUGCCCUGCCACCUGUGAAAACCCAGAUGCUGCCACAAAGUGCAACAAAAGCUGUGUGGAGACGUGCGUCUGUGACGAGGGCUUCCUGCUUAGUGGCACCAAGUGUGUCCCUAAGGCUCAGUGUGGCUGCUUGUACAAAGGCCACUACAUAGAGGCUGGAGCGUCUUUCUUUACUGACAACCAUUGUACCAAGAAGUGCACAUGCAACCAAACUACCAAGACAGUUAAUUGUAAGAGCCCAGGUUGUCACAAGGGGUUUGAGUGCAAGGUGGCCAAUGGCCUUAGCGGAUGUCAUCCGAUGGCCUACGCUGAGUGCAGCAUGACCAGUGGCCCUCACUUUGAGACCUUUGAUGGGAAUAAUUACAACUUCCAGGGCACCUGUGUAUAUCAGCUGGCUGGGGUCUGUUCCAAAGAUCCUUCCCUACAGCACUUUGAGGUUCUUGUGCAAAAUGAUGCCAACGGCAAAAGAGUUAGCUCUGGUGCACAGCUGGUGGAGGUCAAAGUUUAUGGAAAUUCAAUUGUCAUCACAAGAAAGCACAAUGGCUUAGUCCUGAUAAAUGGAGAAAUCACCAACUUGCCUGUCACUCAUCUCAAAAACAUCACAGUCAACCUAAUUGGUGACUUUGCUGAGAUCAAGACUGACUUUGGGUUGCAAGUCUCCUAUGACUGGCAUUCAGCAGUACAUGUCAAAGUCCCUGGUACAUAUGCUGAUGCAAUGUGUGGCCUGUGUGGCAACUUCAAUCACAACUCCAAAGAUGACCUACAGCUGAAGAAUGGCACAGAGGCGGCAUCUGUAGAGGAACUGGGCAAAGACUGGAGGGUUGCCGAGAUCCCAGGCUGUGUUGAUGGCUGCAAGAACAAGAGUGACUGUCCCAGCUGUGACAUCACCCAGAAGCAGAAAUAUGAGUCAGAUAAGUUCUGUGGUUUAAUACAAAACCCUACGGGCCCCUUCCGUGAAUGCCAUGCCAUUAUAAAUCCUGACAGCAUUUUCAAGAGUUGUGUGUACAAUAUGUGCCUUUACAAUGGCAAGAGAGGCUCCUGGUGUAGCCAUCUCAGACAGUACACUAUAAAAUGCCAACAGAAAGGAGUGAAUGUGUCCCAGUGGAGGGCAAAAGACUUCUGUCCCAUAUCUAAGAUGAUGCAUCCUGACAACAGUAAAUAUGAACAUUGCGGCAAUGUUUGCCAUGCAACCUGUGCCACGGGGCUACCUCCCAGUGACUGCAAGAGGCCAUGCCAGGAAGGAUGGGUUUGCAAAGAUGGCUUCCUACUGAGUGGACACAAGUGUGUGCCUCUUGAGCAGUGUGGUUGCAUGCAGAAAGGCAAAUAUUAUACGAAGGGACAGAGUUUUCUGUCAGCAGGUUGUCGUCAGAAGUGCACCUGCAAUGGCACAGUGCAAUGUGAGCCACACUCUUGUGGGCUAUUUGAGACAUGUGAGCAGAAGAACAAUGUUCUAUCAUGUCAACCAGUGGGAAAUGGAACCUGCACAAUCUCAGGUGAUCCACAUUACAAAACCUUUGACAACCAAUACUAUGACUUCCAAGGGACCUGCACGUACUCCGCAGCUAAAUCGUGCCAUCUGGAGGGCACACGACUUGAAAAGUUCUCUGUGGUGGUGGAGAAUGAGCAGUGGACAAGAACAGACACACCAAAUUUGUCUGUAGCCAAGCUUGUUGCUGUGGAGGUGUAUGGCCACACCCUGAUCCUUAGAAGGAAUCAACUUAACACGGUCAUGCUGGAUGGCGCCUUGACAGCCAUUCCUCUUAACCUCGAUGGAAAAGUGCAAGUCUUCCAAGAGGGUACUCACUAUGCCAUCACAACCGACUUUGGCCUGAAUGUAACUUAUGACCUGGUCUACCGCGUCACAGUUACUGUUCCUGGAAACUACAAGGGCAAAACCUGUGGUCUAUGUGGCAAUUUUAAUGAUAACAAAACAGAUGAGUUCCAGCUGCCAACUGGAGAGGUGACCAAGAACAUCCAGACCUUUGGAGAAGCCUGGAAAGUGGCCGUGCCUGGAGUGGUCUGUGAAAAUGGCUGCGCCGGCGACCAGUGCCCCAAAUGUGACAGUGCACAAAAGGAAAUCUUUGAGAAGGAUUGUGGAAUCAUCACAAAUCCUCAUGGCCCCUUUGCUGCCUGCCAGAGCCGACUAAAUCCUAAGCCUUACUACAGAGAUUGUGUCUAUGAUGUCUGUAUGUCUCAUGGAGACCGCAAUGCUCUCUGCCACAGUAUCUCAGCCUACAUGACUGACUGUCAGACUAUUGGAGUGAAAAUUGACAACUGGAGGACAGCAGAAUUCUGCCCUAUUAAUUGUUCAGCAAACAGCCACUACCAGAUCUGCUCUGAAACCUGUGCCUCUCCAUGCCCUGGUCUCACCGACAUCAUCACCUGCCCCACCACCUGUGCUGAGGGCUGCGCCUGUAAUGAAGGCUACUACUUCAAUGGGACGAACUGUGUUGCCCAGGAGGAGUGCGGUUGUUACUACAAAGGACGUACCUAUAAGAUUGGAGAGUCUGUGCUAUCUGACAACUGUCAGCAGAGAUGCAGCUGUACGGCAUUUGGUGAAGUCCAGUGUGAGGACUUUUCAUGCAGUGCUACAGAGUACUGCCAGAUCAAGAAUGGUAUCAUGGGCUGCCAUCCCAAACAGUGCCGGAUCGAGGCUGGAGGCUCCAUAACUCUUUUCAGUGGGCCGACUGGCACUAUCACUGUCAUGGGGGCUUAUGAGAUCAUCACACAUUGUAACCAAUCAUCUGCUGAAUGGUUCAGAGUUGUGGUCAAGCUCCAAGAAUGCAGUGUGACUGGUGAGAAGAGCAUUGUUGCUGUUUAUGUCUACUUCAGUGACCUGAGUGUCACUAUUAACGACAAACAGGACACUUGGGUCAAUGGCAAAAAGGUUACUCUCCCCAGCUUGCACGGAAAUAAUGUCUCUGUGAGAGUCAUUGAGAAAACCAUAGUGAUUGAGGGGAUGUCAGGCUUCCAGCUGUCUUACAGUAACACCCAGGAAGUCAUUGUAACUGUGGGUGACAGCAUGGUAGGCAAGUUGUGUGGAGCAUGUGACAAACUCCUCCCCUCCCGAGACACCAUGGGCCUCUCGCAGGCAAUGAUGCAGGAGUACAUGGCCACAUUUGCUGCACAAGACUUCCCCACCUGCGAGUUGUAAAUGAAGGAUCAUCUUCUCAACACCCCAAGAACAAAGCAACAAUAUCAUCAUCUACAAGAAAUUCAACCAUUAAUCAGCACCAAAUGCAAUAUUACUGUUGAUUAGAUUCAUCAAACUUUUAAUGAAAUAAGUUGAUCAAUUAACUGCAUA